AUGCCUGAGAUCUGGAGUUUUAUCCAGAAAGUAGCGAAGGCUAAUCUCUAUCCUAGAAAUCGGAGAGUAAAAUGCGACGAGACAAAGCCAACUUGUUAUCGAUGCCAGGAGUACGGUGCAUUCUGCGAGUACAGGCACCCUCGACCCCACGCUGCAGCACCUAAAGUUAGCCCGCCUCAAGAUCGUGGCUGGGACCUCGUUCCCAUCCAACCUCGACCUCCGUUGCAGCGUAUGACUAGUUCCCUAGAUCCUUUCAAAUGCGAUGAGGUAGAAGGUCGGUAUUUUCGACUAUUUCAAGAGGAACUUGCAUUCGAUCUGAGCGGUUAUUUUGAGACUCCCUUUUGGACACGAAUCAUACCACAACAAUGUUAUCACGAACCUGCCAUAAAACAUGCAAUUUUCGCUUUGAGUGCUCUAUAUAAAUCUGCAAUAUCGUCCAAGACUAAUACGGCUAAUUUGGAUGAUGAGCAUUUUAAUUUUGCUUUGGUACAGCAGAGACAAGCCAUCAACUCACUUCGACAAGCCCUGUCUAGUGGACAACCUCAGAUGAGGCUUGCUCUGGUGGCGAGCUUGCUCUUUUCGUGCUUUGAGAGUUUCCAUGGGGAUUGGGAGACAGCAUCACAGCAGAUAUAUAGCGGGCUUAACAUUCUGAAGCAUCUAAGCGAAGAUGAGAGACGGCAUGCAACCAAUAGCCUCGUUGAUAUGGAUUUCGAAGUCGGUCUGACCUUGCGCCGUCUCAAGUUGCAGAUAUUAUCGUUUCUGGCCAUGAACCCAAUGUGUGAGCAUCCCUUUAAUGACCUAAAUGUUGAGGAAACUAUGCCGGAUAUGCCAGAUCAGUUUACUACUUUCAAUGAAGCUUUCGCGGCAGCAACUAACUUGGCUGUGUCUGUUCUUCGACAUUCGAGGAUAUCUGCUCGAUGCGGAAAUGACUUAGGUCUACGGGAAUUGAUUGCACAACAACAACAGUGCCUCCACGGAUUGGUGGAUCAAUGGAACAAGGCGUACGAACCGAUAUUUCUAGAACUAUGCCAGAGUAUUAUCAACAAAGCUUUCAUAACUCAAUUUCAGAGGAUUACUCAUUUUGCACGGCAUAUACUUCAGACGGACCAGGAAAUUCGACAAUCAGAUGGUCCCAGACUACAAUACGGCAUGGGAUUGAUAAUGGCUCUAUUCUAUACGGCUACUAGAUGCCGGGACUUCUCCGUGCGCAGGGAGGCUAUUGCUAUACUCCGGGAAUGGCCUUGCACGAAUGGGGUUUGGCACAGUCUGCAGGCAGCAAAAGUUGCGGAGUGGAUCGCGGACAUAGAGGAAGAGUACUGUGUUGGCAUGAGAUUUAUUCCGGGGAACUGUCGUGUAAAAAUGCAGAGCUUGAAAGUGUCCGUCCAGAAGGGUGAGAUUAGUGUGGAUUGUAUGCAAUAUUCUGUUAAAGGCGUCUUAAACCCCCGAAAAGCAAAUCUGCAUUGGCGUUAA